AUUGAGACAGCCUCCGAGUUGUAAACAAGGACGAGCCUGGGCGGGACCCCAGCCCACGCGACUCGGAGCCCUGUCCCAAGAGGCUAAUCUUAAGCCCACGUUGCCCCAGAUACCUGCUUCUGCUUCCUCUUCCCUGUUCUUCCCACCCUUUUCCCGUCACAACUGCUGGCACCGGUGCCAGGGCACUCCGUGGUCACCGUGCCAGGCCAUUCCGUGGUGACCGCGGCCGGAGGGGCGGGGCCCAUAGUUCUUUGUCUGAUCUGAUUGGCGCGGCCUGGAGUUCAGGACGCGUUUCCAAGUUCCAGUGACUCCUCCUGUUUGGGACUCGGGGGGAGAGUGCGGGGAGACAAAUAAAACCUCGGGCGGCGGCGGCUGGUGGGAAGACUUGAACUUGAGUCUCGACCCACUGCAUCUCCGACUCUCUGCCCAGACUCUUCACUCCGCGGCACCCUCAAACCCCAGCCCAGGCCGCGGCGCACGAGCCAGCCAGCGCACCUGCAGUCCUCGCCCGGACGCGCCGCGCCCCCUCGGAACCAGGCUCUGCUCCGAGCAGCCUUCUCCCCUCAAGCCAGCCACAGUCCCUGCCAGGCCGGGUGGGCGUCAAGAUGAAGGCGGCCCGCUUCGUGCUGCGCAGCGCUGGCUCGCUCAACGGCGCCGGCCUGGUGCCCCGAGAGGUGGAGCAUUUCUCGCGCUACAGCCCGUCCCCGCUGUCCAUGAAGCAGCUACUGGACUUUGGUUCAGAAAAUGCAUGUGAAAGAACUUCUUUUGCAUUUUUGCGACAAGAAUUGCCUGUGAGGCUCGCCAACAUUCUGAAGGAAAUUGAUAUCCUCCCGACCCAAUUAGUAAAUACUUCUUCAGUGCAAUUGGUUAAAAGCUGGUAUAUACAGAGCCUGAUGGAUUUGGUGGAAUUCCAUGAGAAAAGCCCAGAUGACCAGAAAGCAUUAUCAGACUUUGUAGAUACACUCAUCAAAGUUCGAAAUAGACACCAUAAUGUAGUCCCUACAAUGGCACAAGGAAUCAUAGAGUAUAAAGAUGCCUGUACAGUUGACCCAGUCACCAAUCAAAAUCUUCAAUAUUUCUUGGAUCGAUUUUACAUGAACCGUAUUUCUACUCGGAUGCUGAUGAACCAGCACAUUCUUAUAUUUAGUGACUCACAGACAGGAAACCCAAGCCACAUUGGAAGCAUUGAUCCUAACUGUGAUGUGGUAGCAGUGGUCCAAGACGCCUUUGAGUGUUCAAGGAUGCUCUGUGAUCAGUAUUAUUUAACAUCUCCAGAAUUAAAGCUUACACAAGUGAAUGGAAAAUUUCCAGACCAACCAAUUCACAUCGUGUAUGUUCCUUCUCACCUCCAUCAUAUGCUCUUUGAACUGUUUAAGAAUGCAAUGCGGGCAACAGUUGAACACCAGGAAAAUCAGCCUUCCCUUACACCAGUUGAGGUUAUUGUUGUCUUGGGAAAAGAAGACCUUACCAUUAAGAUUUCAGAUAGAGGAGGUGGUGUUCCCCUGAGAAUUAUUGACCGCCUCUUUAGUUAUACAUACUCCACUGCACCAACGCCUGUGAUGGAUAAUUCCCGGAAUGCUCCUUUGGCUGGUUUUGGUUAUGGCUUGCCAAUUUCUCGUCUGUAUGCCAAGUACUUUCAAGGAGAUCUGAAUCUCUACUCUUUAUCAGGAUAUGGAACAGAUGCUAUCAUCUACUUAAAGGCUUUGUCUUCUGAGUCUAUAGAAAAACUUCCAGUUUUUAACAAGUCAGCCUUCAAACAUUAUCAGAUGAGCUCUGAGGCUGAUGACUGGUGUAUCCCAAGCAGGGAACCAAAGAACCUGGCAAAAGAAGUGGCCAUGUGAAGAGGGACACUCAGGACACUUUAUGGGAUCAAAGUGGGUCUGCACCAGUGCUGCUUCCUGAAUGUUUGUGUGUGAACCCUUGUUUCCUCCAAAACAAACGACAGCAACGAAAACUUCUUAAUCAGAGCACUGAUCCAAUGAGGAAUGGAGCUUGUUUCUGUGACCCAGGAGAACUUAGUGCAAGACUACAGGAGUUAACAGAUGGUCAGCUCCUUAUUUUUUAAUGUAGAAUAACUCAUGAGUUUAUAUCAAAUCCCGAAGAAAUAAGCCUCAGUUUUCCAUCUGUUUCUGAUAAGAAGAAUGAGAAAGGGAGUGAGUGUGAAGAUGGUGGUUAGCAGUUUCAAUAGACUGAUAUUUUAGGCCUCUUGUUCACAUCAAAAGAUAUUGGUGUCAGAAUACCAGCAUUUUCCUGCCAUGCAAAGGAUUAAAUCUUAGUUUACACUAUGUGGUUAGAAAUAUAUGUAAAUGUACAUUUUGAACAUAUUUAUGUGCUCUGGGAGGAAAUGCUGGUGACUAAAAUAAGGCUUACUCUGAAAGAGGAGGAAUUUUAUUCAAAGCAUUCGAACAUUUUAUUCAAAUGUUUCAAAAUUCAAAACAUUGUAUUCAAAGUUGCAGUGAAGGCAUCAACUUAUGUAAAAACUCAAGAAGGAAGGCUCCUCUGAUAAAAACACAGCUCCUUUAUUAUGCUGCUUUUCCUGUUCACUUUACACACUAAGGAAACACUUAUUGUCAGGUGCCUAGUCUUGAGUGAAUUGUUAGAUGUGCACUGAACUCGGGAUGUUGGGGAUUGAAGAGAGAGAAUUGCCAAAGUAACAGCAAAAAUAUCUCUUACUUUGCUUUGUUUAUAAAUAAAUCAGUAGAUUGGAAAAACUAGUGUUAGGGAAAGAAAUCACAUGUUCAGAGCCUAACUCAGUAGGAAGGGCUUUUCUCUACCCUGAAAUGAUGGUAAUCCAAAGGCAUCCAUUUUCUAGGCUUAAAAAUGGAUAUAUAAUAUAUAAUUAAAUAUAAAUAUAAAUUAAAUAUAAUUAUAAUAAAAUAUAAUUAAAUAUAUUUUUGAUAUAUUUAAUUAUAUUCUCUACACUCCAGCAUUAAUAUGUCUGCUUAAAAAUUUCUGAUUCUCAAAUGGCUCAAGAACAUUAGAAUUUAAGUAUCUUUUAGAGUAAUUUUUUUAAGCGAAUAGGCUGGACGUAAGAGAUUCUCAUGCCAGCAUGCUUUCAUUUGUGAAUUGUGACUGAGAGCUAAUGAAUGACACCUGAAAAGCAUAUGGUAUUUUGGGAGAGUUAAGGUAUAAUUUGAAGGUUGGCAGGCCAGUCGCACUGAUUACUCUUAGAGAAGAAGGAAUGGAAAAAUGAAAGAAGGUAGGAAGGAAAGAAAGGAUAUAGGAAGAGAGGGAAGCAGAAGGCAGGCAUUUUUCUAUUUUCCCUACAAAUUAUUUCAAAAAAAUCCUAUAUUUUCAUGGAUAUGUCAUUGGCAAGAGGAAGAACUGGUGUUUUGAAAGCAGUAUGGAUUCUUUAAAUGGCUCUCACUCUUACAAGAUAGUAGGCUUUUAUGAGAUCAUAAACUUACCCGUGUUGAUUAACAUUUAAACUGGCAUAUAGAAAAAAAGGAGGAUUUUUCUGCAUUGUAAAAUAAUCAGUAUGGUUUAUAUGUUGAAUUGGACAUUUGUGUGUAAUUUCAUGGUGGCCUGGUGUUGUGGUGCUUCUGGUAAUGGUAAUAGAAGCUCAACUAUUUUCUUGUGGAUUUCAGAUUUUAUCAUCAGAAGUCCUAGACAGUGACAUUUCUUAAUGGUGGGAGUCCGGCUCAUGCAUUUCUGAUUAUACAAAACAGUUUGCAGUAGGUUAUUUGUCAUUUCAGUUUUUUACUGAAAUUUGAGCUAAACAUUUUUACAUGUAGAUGCUUGUAUUUACCAAAGAUUUAAAUCAGUUGAUUAAUUAAUUAACUAAAAUACUGUGAACUAUCUUUAAAACACUAGAAAAAAGAAAUGUUAGUAUCUCAAUUACACCAACUGUGCAAAUGAACUUUGAUAAAAUAGAAAUAAUCUACAUUGGUAUUUGUGAAAUCUGGGGAAGAGCUUUAGGAUUCUAGAAGAGGAUACUGAAUACUCAGGCCCACUUAAAUUAUUAAUGUAUACAUUGUGUUUUUGUCUUUAUGCUAUGUACAGAGAAAUGUGAUAAUUUUUUAUAAUAAAUAUUUUUUAUGAUGAUAAAA